AGCGACCAUGACUACGACCGCAACUACUGUGAAGAGUACCAGGACGAGGACCACUACUACGACGACGACCGCUACUACGAUGAGGAACAUUGCCAAGCCGACGACGCCGACACCGACGAUUACGACGACUGCUACCACGACGACAACUACUACGACGACUACUACGACGACCACUACCACGACAACUACUACUACGACAACUACCACCACGACCACGACGACUACUACGACGACUACUACGACGACCACUACCACCACAACUACUACUACGACAACUACCACCACCACCACGACGACUACUACGACGACCACUACCACGACAACUACUACUACGACAACUACAACCACCACCACGACGACUACUACGACGACCACUACCACGACAACUACUACUACGACAACUACGACCACCACCACGACGACUACUACAACAACGACAACCACUACCACGACGACGACCCCGUCUCCUAACAGGACACCGAAGGCCUAUCGAACACCGAUCCUCUGCGUUCCAAAACCACCCAUUCCAUUGCUCGGCCGCGACACCCGCUUUCCCUUCAUUUGCACGUUCAACAUCAUCCGCUACAAGAAAGGCGUGCCUGUCCCGGACGAUGGCAUCUGCGACCUCAUACUUCUGGACUCUUUGUACCGAAAUAAUAAGUAUACGUUUUUCAGACAAAGUUACUACUAUAACUGGAGCCAAGAUGUAAAAGACUUCAUUGGACUGAAAUCUUUUUACAAUAUAACCAAGAUCGGCUUGGGUAUCGACGCCUAGUAAGUGCAGAUACCUUAUAUAUUUUACAUUAUUCGACAUUUAUCUCUAAAUGAUUUAAUCUAAGGAUUGCGGUGGUCUGAAUAAA